GCAGAAAGUCAUACUACCAGUGUAUUUCAUUUCAAUUUCACGUUUUAUCCUUAUUCACAUCAUUUGUCGCGUGGCAAAAUUCGUUUGUCGUUGUAAUUAAACACCCAAAACGCUCCCAUAAAUAAUUUUUUAGUUACCCAAUUUAUUGACUAAUUUUUUCCAAAUGAAAUUUCCUCCAAAAGAUUUUUGGUUUGGCCUUCAAAUAAUUUUAAUUUGUAUUUGCUGGUGGAGUUCGAGUUCAGUUUCAAGUAUUUUAAAUAAAUUAGCCUUACAGAGUUAUCCCUACCCUUUAACAAUUGCUCUUUCUGCUUGUUUAAAUAAUGCCUUGUAUGCCCUUCCGUUAAUUAAAAUAUUCAAAAUUACAACAGUCCAUAUUUCAACUGGUUAUUUGCUUCGAGUUAUUUUUCCAAUUUCGGUUGGAAGAGCUGUUGGAAUUACCAGUGCAUAUUUUGCCUUAUGGAAAGUAACUGUUAGUUAUGCUCAAACUGUGAAGGGUACAAUGCCUAUUUUUACGGUUCUAAUUUCUCGAGUUUUGCUUGGCGAGAGGCAGUCACUCAAACUUUAUUUUUCACUUGUACGUUGA